GACUGGGUCAUUUGCAUUGCUAUGAUCUUGUAUUGGGCGGAAACAUUCACUUCGUAUGAGGUGAUUAUUGAAACCUUCAUCGGAUACAAUGUCUGGGAGGUACCUAAGGACUACUCGCCCAUUUUGGGAAAUAAAUAUGGCUACGCAACCGAGCUGCUUUACAAUCCCAUCCUGGCUCUCGUGAAGACAUCGAUUCUUCUAUUCUUGUUACGUCUAACUGGCCAGAAGAAAUCAGUUCGAUGGGCUAUCUGGGGCCUUCUAAUCUUCAACGGAGUUGCCGGCAUAGCGACGUUCUUCAUCACCGUUUUCCACUGCGUCCCGAUCGCCUCGAAUUGGAAUGCCGCCGCUUAUCCCAACGCCAAGUGCCUCAACUUCGCCGAUUUCGUUACUGGAACAGCCUCGAUCUCCAUCCUAACCGACGUCCUCGCCUUGAUACUGCCAACCUGGAUUGUAUACCGUCUGCAGAUGCAGCGCAAUCAAAAACUAAUGGUCGUUGGAAUCCUGUCAUUCGGUCUUUUGUGGGUCCCCGGGCUUUUCGCGAUCGAAUUCGAUUUCCAUACUAACAAUACAAGAACGGUGGUCGCAGGCAUCAUCCGCAUCAUCCUCCUCGAUGACUUCGACCGUCACCUACCGAAAAAUUAUACACACACAGUUCUCUUCUGCGUAUCGACUAUUGAAGUCGGGCUUGCGUUCGUGGCCGCCUGCGCUCCCUCAUUCAAGCCUCUCAUCGCGCGACUGGGCCCUAAGCUCUUAGGCUCGACCCGCACCGGCCCGUACGGCUCCACUAGCGGUCGGGUCCGGCUCGGCUAUAAUCUCGAGGACAGAUCGAAUUACACCCGGCAGACGCAGGACCAGAGUCUGACGGUCGUUGAAGCGGGUCAUUCGGCGGAGCUCGGAUCCGUGAAAAAAUAUGACAAAAAUAUUAUUACUAUGACUACCCAGAUGGAGGUCACUUGGGGUCAGUCGGAUCGUCAGGGACAGGAGACCAGUAGCACUGAGAGUCUUGUGCACGCAAAGUAA